AGGUUCACUCUCUCUCUCUCUCUCUCUCUCUCUCUCUCUGUGUCCAAGAAUCCAGUGUUUAUAAAUACUUUAGUUGAAAAGUAGCAUGCUCAGGAACCCAUUUUUGUCUUUAGUGCUUCACUCCUUUUCUUCUCUUCUCCUUUGUUUUGUUGUGCACUUUUUCAUUCUUCCUCCUGAGUUACACAGAAGAUGUGCUUCUCGUGAUUUUCAUCUCUGAAUUCUGGGCUUGAUUCGAGAAAAAAGGUCCAAUCUUGACAUCUGGGUAUAUGAGAUUCUGUGCAGAUUUCCAUCAGAUGAGUAGCUGAGCUUCCUCACUGCUGAGCCUUUGAAAGGAUUGGAGGUGGAAUGGUUCAUUGGUCUGAUCUGUUUUGUUGUUUGUAAGAAGGAAUGGAAGGGAAGAUGUCACAGGGAGGUGUAGCUCAAGGUGGGGCUUCUUUUGGUGGUUUUGAUUUGCCUGGAGCAAUGCCGAUUCAUCGUCACACACAGCACUCGCAUACCAUGAACCAACAUCAAACUCAUGCUUGCCAAGGGUCUUCAGUGCGUCCCUCAAAUCAUGAUGGUUUUCCUCUUACCAUGGGAACCCUGCAGAACUGUGAUCAGCCUAUGUCAAUGCCAGAGUUUAAUCAGGGAGAUAGAAACAAAAACUCAGCAAGUGAGGAAGAUGAGCCGAGCUAUGCUGAGGAAGGUGUCGAUGGUCAUCAUCAUGAAGCGAGUAGAGGGAAAAAGGGGUCGCCUUGGCAGCGGGUGAAGUGGACUGAUAAGAUGGUGAGGCUUCUGAUAACAGCUGUGUCUUAUAUAGGCGACGAUUCAACUUCUGAUGUUGGCAGCGGAGGACGAAGAAAAUUUCCAGUCCUGCAGAAAAAGGGUAAGUGGAAAUCUGUUUCCAAGGUCAUGGCUGAAAGAGGUUAUCAUGUUUCCCCUCAGCAGUGUGAGGAUAAAUUUAAUGAUCUUAAUAAAAGGUAUAAAAGGCUUAAUGAUAUGCUUGGGAGAGGCACGUCGUGUCAGGUUGUUGAAAAUCCUGCUCUGUUGGAUUUAAUAGAUUAUCUUUCUGAGAAAGAAAAGGAUGAUGUUCGGAAAAUAUUAAGCUCAAAGCAGCUCUUUUAUGAAGAGAUGUGUUCUUACCACAAUGGUAAUAGAUUGCAUUUACCCCAUGAUCUUGCAUUGCAACGAUCGCUACAGUUAGCUCUCCGAAAUAGAGAUGACUUCGAAAAUGAUGAUAUCAGAAGGUCCUAUGAUGAUGAUCAUGAUGAAGAUGACCAAGAUAUCGGAACCGAUGAUCAUGACGACCUUGAAGAGAAUUAUGCUUCUCAUGGAGAGAGUAGAGGAAUCUUUGGGGGAUUGGGGACAUCUACAAAAAGACUUAAACAAGGAGAAAGCCAAGAAGGUGCUGCUACUUUUGGGAAUUCUUUAAAGAGUCAUGGACCGAUGGUCCAAUCUGAUGCCAAUCAAGCUUUACCUGAAAGCAUGAGAGCGGCUUGGUUACAGAAGCAAUGGAUUGAAUCUCGGUCACUUCAGUUAGAAGAACAGAAGCUACAGAUUCAGGCUGAGAUGCUAGAACUAGAGAAACAAAGAUUGAAGUGGCAGAGGUUUAGUAAGAAAAAAGACCGGGAGUUGGAGAAGAUGAAGCUGGAGAAUGAAAGAAUGAAGCUAGAAAAUGAACGUAUCGCUUUAGAACUAAAGCGUAAGGAAAUUGGCACUGGCUUUAACUAGGUUGGCUGUCUUGCAAGCUUUUGGCAAUGGCAUUACAUGUAUGCUACUUUUUAUUUCUUUAAAAUUUUACUGAUGUCUUUGGUAAGAUGUGGACUAUCUAGUUUAAAGUAAACAUUUUUGACGGGGAAACUUGAGGAAAGAAUUAACCCUCCCCCUUAAUGCUUUUAAGAUAUGUGAGUUUAAAAUGAGAUUGACUAGGCUUUGUUGAA